AUGAAAAUUCUGUUUGAAGAUGGAAGAGUUAAAGUAGAAGUCCCUGAGGAAGAAAUAGCCAAAUUAUUUGUGAUUAAAGAAGUUGAACCCACCCCUAUCCCUGAGGAGGUGGAACAGGCUGUGGUACCAUGGGUAUGGGAGACAGGAGUCCCGGGGAAGUUUAAAGCUGCUCAACCAGUAAUAGUGGAGUUAAAAGAAGGGGUACAACCUGUAAGUAUAAAACAGUAUCCUAUUAAACUUGAAGCCGAAGAAGGGGUUGCUCCUCUCAUAGCACAAUUUCUAACACAAGGAAUACUGGAAGAAUGUGAAUCAGAAUACAAUACCCCCAUUUUCCCCGUAAAAAAAGCUAACAGUAAGUAUAGAUUGGUACAGGAUUUACGGGCAAUUAAUAACAUUGUUAAGGAUAUUCACCCGGUGGUUGCAAAUCCAUAUACUCUGUUAACAUCUGUGUCUGAAAAAUUUAAAUGGUUUACUGUAAUUGACUUGAAGGAUGCAUUCUUCUGCAUUCCCUUGGUUACAAAUAGGAAAUAUUUCGCCUUCGAAUGGGAAAGCCCAGACACCGGUCGUAAGAAGCAACUCACCUGGACGAGGCUUCCCCAAGGUUUUAAAAACAGUCCAACGAUAUUUGGGAAUCAGUUGGCAAGAGAAUUGGAAGGAUGGAAGAUGACUGAGGUAAGAGACUCACCGUCCUCAUACGUGAUUUUGCAGUAUGUCGAUGAUAUUUUUCUAGCCACUGAAGAGAAAGAACUGUGUUUGAAACUUACAAUAGCAUUGUUGAACAUGCUGGGCCAGGCUGGAUAUCAAGUAUCAAAAGAAAAAGCGCAGCUAAUAAAGGAAAGUGUUAUUUACCUGGGUUGUGAAAUCAUUCAGGGUCAGAGACGGUUGGGAAUCAACCGAGUGGAGGCCAUUUGCGCCAUCCCGCUCCCGAGGAGUCAUCAAGAAUUAAGAUCUUUCUUGGGGAUGGUAGGAUGGUGUCGAUUGUGGAUUCCGAAUUUCGGGUUACUAGCGAAACCAUUGUAUGAGGCCCUGAAGGAACCACAGUUGAACUGGGACAGGUUAAGGAAGAAUGCUUUUCAGAAUUUAAAACAAGCCCUGAAGGAGGCCCCGGCUUUAGGGCUCCCGGAUCUAAGCAAGGACUUUCAGUUGUACGUGAAUGAAAGACAAAAAUUGGCUCUGGGAGUAUUAACCCAACGGAUCGGGUCAUGGAAACGUCCGGUGGGAUACUUCUCGAAGCAGCUGGACACAGCUGGUUGGCCGUCGUGCUUGCGGGUAGUUACGGCCACGGUGAUCCUCAUUCAAGAAGCCAGAAAAUUGACAAUGGGCAAGAAAAUGGAGGUAUUUGUGCCCCAUAUGGUACUGGCUGUUCUGGAACAAAAGGGGGGUCACUGGCUAUUAUCUAACCGAAUGCUGCAGUACCAAGCAAUAUUGAGAGAGCAGGAUGAUGUAGAAUUGAAAAUAACUAAUCAUACUAAUCCAGCAGAAUUUCUCCGCAGUGAACAGGAGGAAGGAGAAUUGGCGCAUGAUUGUGUGGAGGUUAUCGAGCAGGUAUACGCAAGUCAGAUGGAUCUUAAAGACACACCAAUGGAAGAUCCAGAUUGGGAACUGUUUAUGGAUGGAUCAAGCUAUGUGGAAAAUGGUACCAGGUAUGCAGGGUAUGCCGUGGUGACUGUUCAUACGGUUGUAGAGGCAAAAGCUUUACCUCCUGGCACCUCAGCCCAGAAGGCAGAGAUAAUUGGGCUUACACGAGCCCUUAUUCUGAGUACUGGAACAAAAGUUAAUAUUUGGACCGAUUCUAAAUAUGCCUUCGGGGUAAUCCAUGUACAUGGGGCACUGUGGAAGGAGAGGGGACUACUCAGUUCACAGGGAACUUCUAUCAAAUACAAAGAAGAAAUCUUAGCCUUGCUGGAAGCACUACACAGGCCGACAAAGGUUGCGGUUAUGCACGUAAAAGGACAUCGAAAGGAGGAAGGAAAAAUAUACCACGGAAAUGAUUUGGCAGAUGUGACAGCUCGAAAGGUGGCACGAGAGGUAUGGACUCAGAUGGCAUUAAUACCUGUCAAGGUAAGCCCAGUAAAUCCCUACCUAAACCAGACACCUAAAUACACAAUAGACAAUGAGAAGCUGGCAAUGUUAUUGAAUGCACAAAAGAACAUGACUGGAUGGUAUGUGACAACAACGGGACAGGUAGUGGUACCAGCAAAAAUAAUGAAAGUCAUCCUUGAAACAGAACAUAAUAAAUGCCAUUGGGGUGCAGAGAUUCUCGAAACAAAUUCAACUGGGGAAACUACAGGAUGGCCAGAAGCCUACCCCUGUAGGACAAAUCAGGCUAAGGAAGUGGUCAGGACAUUGCUUAAAGAACUUAUUCCCAGGUUCGGAGUACCUCUAGGGUUAUCGUCAGAUAGAGGUCCACAUUUCAUAGCUGGAAUUGUUCAAACAGUAGCUAGGAUGUUGGACAUAUCAUGGGACUUGCAUACACCUUGGCGACCUCAAUCAAGUGGUCAGGUUGAAAGAAUGAAUCAAACACUGAAAGGGCAAAUUAAGAAAAUUUGUCAGGAAGCUAAAAUGCAAUGGCCGCAAGCAUUACCGUUAGCUUUAUUGCGAAUUAGGAUAAAACCCAGAGAGAGGUUGGGAGUAAGUCCUUAUGAGAUUCUAUAUGGGAGACCUUAUCAUGCUACUGUACUGAAGGGAGAUUUGCAUGUACAAGGGGAUCAAAUGAUAUUUAAUUAUGUAAUGUCACUAAACAGAACUCUCAACAGCCUACGGGGAGCCCUGCAGUGGAACCGACCUCUACCACUGGAAAAUCCCGUCCAUGACAUCCAGCCUGGUGACCGAGUGUAUGUGAAAAAGUGGUUUACGGAUCCACUGAAAGAAACAUGGGAUGGUCCUUACCAGGUGAUCCUGACGACAUACACGGCAGUGAAGGUGGCAGGAAUCGACACCUGGAUCCACUACACUCGAGUCAAGAAAAUUCCAACACAAUGGGAGGCUCAGAUAGUCUCCCUGACGCGAAUGAUAUUUCGCGCAAAGCCGCAUUCUUAA